AUGCCGGAUAUCAGGAACUUUUUCGGUGCCAAAGCAGGCUCAGGGACAGCUGCGCCCGCUGCUGCCAAACCAGCUCCCAAGGAGGAUCCUACUGCCGCGCGAAAGAAACGAAGUAGAAAGGUGGUUGAUGAUAGCGACGAGGAUGAUUUCGAACCUCAACCAUCCCCGAAAAAAACCCCGGUGAAGAAACAUACAAAAGACGAAGCCAAAGGAGAGCCGACCAGCACAUCAGAUUAUUUUGCCUCGAACAAGAAAAGAGGUCGUCCGCCGAAAAACGCUGAAGCAAAGGAUACCGCACCCGCUACUGCCUCUCCUGUGAAGAAUGGAACCAGCACACCGAAAGCUAAACCACACAAAGAGGUUCUAGCAUCUACAGAAAAAAAAGUAAAGACACGUGCAUCCAAAUCCGUUUCGAAGGUACUGGACGAUGAUGAAGGUCUCGGAGGCGAUGAUAUCUUUGCAACAGAGUAUGGCAAGUCCGGUCGGCGCGAUGAUGACUACGUCGACGACAAGGAUGCGAGCGAUUCUGAAGACCUUAUCGUGAAGCCUGCUAAUUCAAGAAAGAGUAAACUCGAUGAUGAAGUGGAAAUGCUCGAUACACCACCGAAAGCAAAGCCUGGACGAAAACGCAAGGCAGAUGCCGACGAGGAGGAUAACAAACCCAAGAAGAGUGCAGGACCUGCAGUCAAGAAACAGAAGUCUGCCACGAAGCUACAAGAACCUGAAAACAAGGAAAUUCAAGAUAUUUUCGACGCCAUACCUACGGUCAGACCGCCAACUCCGCCGCCGACAGUGCCUGGUGCAAAGUUCAACUUUUCGACCGCCGCUAGGUCACGUACACCUCCUGCUGCUGGAUCGGCAGAAAUACCUGUUGGAGCUGAGAAUUGUCUUACUGGUUUGUCUUUCGUCUUCACUGGCGUUCUAGAUACUCUUGGACGCGAGGAAGGCCAGAGCCUUGUCAAGCGAUACGGCGGCAAAGUCACCGGCGCUCCUAGCUCAAAGACUAGUUAUGUUGUUCUUGGAAGUGAUGCUGGACCGAGCAAACUCAGGAAGAUUAAGGAGAUGAAUAUCAAGACAAUCGGCGAAGAAGGACUAUUUGAGUUGAUCAAGCGUCUUCCUGCCAAUGGAGGUAGCGGCAAGGCUGCUGGGCAGGCACAAGCAAAGAAAGACGCUGAAGAGAAAAAGAUUCGCGCCAUGGCCGAAGAAAUCGAACAAGAAGAGAAACAGAAGGCGGCCGAAGCAAAAGCGAAGAGCACCCCUCAAAAGACUUCGACGAAGACCUCAACUGAAACUGCAACUGCAACUGCGACCCCAGCAAGCUCACAACCCGAAGCUGACGGCCGCCUCUGGACAACGAAAUAUGCACCAAGCUCGAUGAACAUGAUAUGCGGCAACAAAGGUCAAGUCGAGAAGCUGCAAGCAUGGCUGCGUAACUGGCGCUUGAAUGCGAAACGCAAUUUCAAAAUGCCCGGAAAAGACGGUUUUGGUCUGUACAGGUCUGUCAUGAUUCACGGACCACCUGGAAUUGGAAAGACGACGGCAGCACAUCUGGUUGCGAAACUUGAAGGAUACGACGUCGUUGAGACCAAUGCUAGUGAUACUCGCAGUAAAAAGCUGGUUGAAGGAGGACUCCUCGGUGUUUUGGAUACAACGUCUCUUCAGGGCUAUUUCUCAGGCGAAGGCAAAAAUGUUGACAGUCAAAAGAAGAAUCUAGUCUUGAUUAUGGACGAAGUGGACGGUAUGUCUGCCGGAGACCGAGGUGGUGUUGGCGCUCUUGCUGCUGCCGCUAAAAAGACAAAUGUUCCUUUGAUUUUGAUCUGCAACGAGCGCAGUCUGCCUAAGAUGAAGCCAUUCGAUCAUGUUACCUAUGAGCUUCCUUUCAGGCGCCCAACUGCGGAUAUGAUCAGAGCACGCCUUAUGACCAUCUGCUUCCGUGAGGGUCUAAAGAUUCCUCCACAGGUUCUCGACAGCUUGAUUGCGGGGACCAAUGCGGACAUUAGGCAGCUCAUCAAUAUGUUGUCCACGGUGAAAUUGGAUCAGAAGACCCUGGAUUUCGACCAAGGACAGCAACUAUCAAAGGCUUGGGAGAAGCAUAUCAUAUUGAAACCCUGGGAUAUUGCAUCCAAGAUUCUCAACGCGCAGACGUUUUCCCAGUCAUCUAAAUCUACAUUGAACGACAAGAUCGAGCUUUACUUUAAUGAUCACGAGUUCAGCUAUCUCAUGCUCCAGGAGAAUUAUCUAAAAACGCAGCCAACGCUGGCGAGCAACUAUUCUGGCAAGGAACGAAAGCUGAAACUUCUCGAACUGGCCGACAAUGCAGCUUCCAGCAUCAGUGACGGCGAUCUUGUGGAUCGAAUGAUACAUGGCAGUCAGCAACAAUGGAGCUUGAUGCCCACGCACGCUGCCUUUAGUUUUGUUCGACCUGCCAGUUUCGUUUUUGGCAAUAUGUCGGAACGAACGAGCUUUACCAGUUGGUUGGGUAAUAAUAGUAAAUUUGGCAAACUCAACCGUGUCACCAAAGAGAUUCAAGGACAUAUGAGGCUACGAGCUUCAGGUGACCGCGAUGAGAUUAGACAACAAUACCUGCCUGCUCUUUGGGAUAAAAUGGUGCGCCCAUUGAUGGUUGAUGGCAAGGAUGCUGUCGAUGGUGUCAUCGAUCUGAUGGAUAGCUAUUUCAUCACCCGCGAGGACUUUGAUUCUAUAGUUGAACUCGGCCUUGGUCCAAUGAGCGAAUCGCUAGUCAAUAUUCAUGCCCAAACAAAGUCAGCAUUCACCAGAAUUUACAACCAAAGAUCGCACCCUCUGCCUUUCAUGAAAGCCACCAAUGUUGUCGCGCCGAAGAAAGGACCCAAGGUCAAACCGGACAUUGAAGAUGCAAUUGAGGACUCUGAAGACGAAAUCGUCGAGGACGCAAAGGAAGAAGAUGAAGAAGAAGAAUUGGAUUUGAAGAAAGACAAGUAUGUCAAAGUUCCCAAAGCGAAGAAAGCUGCUGGUAAAGGAACUGCGGCCAAGGGCAAGAAAGCAAAGGCGAAGGAUGAUGACGAGGAUGACGAAGAAGAGAAGCCGAAGAAGGGACGAAAGGGGAAGGCCAAGGCGAACUACUAUGUUGAUAUCGACUUCGGCGUUGAGUGGACCUUACCUACGACUUAUUUUCGACCUCGAAAUAUUGUGAAAAUACCUGCGCGAUUGGAACUAGCGCUAUACUCAACCAUGUCCCUUCUGCAGAGCGAAGAUUUCACAAUCUGGCAGCUGCGAACCUCAUACCUCUCUACCAUCAAAGAUGGCAUCGGCGACCGCCUCAUUGACGUCAAUAACUCAGUAUUAAACACCCCCGGCUUUCGCGCCGCGGGCUGGGUGCCCACAUCCGCCAACGCAACGACAACGACCCAAGAGAGCGGCUCUCUUGUUAAACGGACAUAUUCGCCUCCUAUACCUACAACUGCUAACGUCGCAUCUGAGUACUAUCGAUUUGCGCGACAUACGGAGUUGAAUGAUGGGGAUGGCCUGAGUAUCGAUGAUGCGGAGGAAGAUGAGGGUGGGAUGGUGACUGGUGGUGGGGGUGGAAGCACCUAUGCACUUGGGAUCAAAAACCAUGGGAAAUCCGCGCGCAAGAAUAGACGGCGCGAUCGCCAGAUUCCUGUUAUUCAGAGAGUGGGAGAGGAUGAGGAUAGCAGUGAUUUGAGUGACGAGAGUGAUGAUGAAGGUGAUUUUGCAAGAGCGGCACAGCAGAUCAAAUUCUCGAAAAUGCCGGUGCGGAAUAGGGCAGGAUCCCUACCUAUGGAGGAUGAAGAGGUGCAACAUGCAGGCUCUGAUGCGAAUUUGGGCCGGGGAUAUAGACGAAGCUCAAUGGGAGCCGUUGAAGUCGCUCAAGGACGCCCGCGAGGCGAUACCGUGACGAGCAGUGAUAUGUCAGAAGGCGACAAUCCUGCUCUUUUCAGGCGGCGACAGAUUCAAUUUUCAUCUAAGCAUCAAGUUAUAGAAGAGCCGGCAGAUGACGGCCAGGCAAAUAGCGAAGCGCCUUCAGGGGAAUUGGGUGAUCCAGAUGAGGACUCGGCGGCAGGCUCUGUAGAUUCAGACCUAUCGUCGGAUUUUGGUGUCACCGCAGGUUCGGCGUCUCUUCUUGCUGGCGUUCCCUUGAAUGAUACUCUAGAUUCUUCGCCCGCGAUGAUGCACAAACUACCAAAUGCAAACUCACAAGGCGCGUCGCCUAGGAAGGCCAAGGUGACCACCCCUGGAUUGCAAGAACUACCUCCUCCACGACCCAUCAGUUCUGUGCAGUGUGUCAGCCUGUUGUCAGAAAAACUCAAUGCCAAAAAGGCUAUACCAACCAACCCGGUCGAGAGGUUUGGACCUUUAUGGGCUGCAGAUUCCAAUAGAGCUUUGAAUAUCAAGAUCUAUGCACCUUUCUCUGAGGAUCCUGAAACGCCAUACAACAUGCCCAUAUUCCGAGACUUUCGUGACCAAGGUCGUACCGGUCCGGUCACAGUCACAGAGGCCAUUGGCCUAGCGCUUUGGAGGUAUAUGAAAGAAGGCUUGAAGCCGGCAAUUGACCCCGGCAAAAUGAACGUAAAUCGAUGGACACUGCGGAUGGUUGAAGACGGCGAAGUUGAUUUUGAUUUUCCAGCUCUGGGCCGUCACUUACCCUUGGCUGAUUUUACUUCCAACAAUAACCGGGCAGCUGGAAUGCGUGGCCGUUCAAGAGGGAAACAAUACGACGAGUUUGCUUUGGUUGAAGCUACGGAUGCCGAGUUUGAAGAAUAUUCUCGUUUGUAUCCCCAGUUCAACCCAGAGCCUGUCGUCGAGACCAGUGAAGCGACACCACAGACCUCCAGUACUAACACGCCACAAACUAAAGCCAUACCUUCCGCGGUAAGGCUGAAUCCUAUUCUUGGACUACCGUUUACCUCUGCAUUGAAUGGCAGUACAUCGAAACCGGCGGAUAUGCCCGCACCCACGUCUCAUGCCACGCCUCGUCUUGGUGUUCAGAAGACACUGAAGGUCCGGUUCGUCAACAUUGAAGGCUCAACACAAACCACGACCGUGAACACAGCUACCGACAGCUACAUUGCCGAGAUCCUCGAUUCGGUGUGCAAGCGGUGGGGUCUAGAUAAGGGCAACUAUCUACUCAAGAUAUCAGGCACCAACACUGAAGCGCUUCAGGACCGUACUGUCGAAGUCCUCGGCAACGUGUCUGAAUUGGAUGUGGUCCGUCGCCGGUUUGGGGCUGGUGCCUCUUUCGCAGGUUCGCCUGGCAGCGCCUCACCUAACGCGCCUCUUCAGAUCGGCGGUACGACUUCUGUACCUUUCAAGAAGGGUAAAAAACAUCAAAUGUUACAUCCGCUUGCGCAGCCACAGAAGCAAGAUUUGGUUGGUGGAUAUUAUCGGCGAUACUAUGUAUAUCGCAAGCAGUCCAUGUCCUUUACAGCUUCGAAUCAAAGAGUUCUGGUUCUUGACAAUGACUAUUUACACGUGAUGCCGGGAGAAACUGCAAAGGGGGUGUUUGAUACUACAGGAAAGACGCGAUCGAUCAAUUUCAACGAGAUCGUCGGCACCAAAGUUAGCAGGAGACACCCGAAGAGCUUCCAGGUUGUAGUCCUCCGCGGAGCGGAUGCGCAUGAGCAGAAGCGAUAUGACUUUGAGGCUCGCAGUGAGGCGGAGGCAGCGGAGAUUGUGGGUGAGAUCAAGAAGAACAUGGAGCAGUACCGUGUGUGGUAG